AUGCAAGAAGAGGCGCGUAACCAAUCAGAAGUCGCCGAAGACUCGUAUAGCCGGAUCAAAAGGCUAAUAAAACGGGAUCUGAAUGCAUCGCUUAUUGCUGGAGGCAUUGCGGGCGCUGUCUCCAGAACAGUGGUUUCUCCUUUUGAGCGUGCGAAGAUUUUGUUGCAGCUCCAGGGUCCAGAAUCGCAGAAAGCUUACAGGGGUAUGUUCUCAACGAUCUGGAAGAUGUAUUUGGAUGAGGGCUGGCGCGGGUGGUUUCGAGGAAACACGCUUAACUGCGUGCGGAUAAUUCCGUAUAGUGCAGUGCAAUUUGCCGUGUUUGAAGAGGUCAAAGUAGUUCUAAAAAAGAUGAACUUUAACGAGAAAAUUGGCGUAGAUGGCGCUGAUCGACUCGUUGCGGGCUCGGCUGGAGGUAUUGUUUCUGUCGCUGUCACAUAUCCAUUGGAUUUAGUGCGUGCUCGCAUCACAGUGCAGACCGCUUCGUUGAAUUUACUCAACAAGGGCAAGAUGGUGAAGCCUCCAGGAGUAUGGGAGACUCUCCGUGAUGUGGUAGCUAAGGAAGGUGGAUUCUCUGCUCUUUACCGAGGGAUUGUGCCCACAACAUUAGGAGUAGCACCAUAUGUUGCGAUCAAUUUUGCCUUGUACGAAAAACUUCGAGAUAUGAUGAAGUAUUCAAGCCAGGACUAUAGCAACCCUGGUUGGAAACUCGCCGCUGGAGCGUUCAGUAGCUUCGUUGGAGGUGUGCUCAUAUAUCCUUUGGACUUACUACGAAAGAGAUAUCAGGUUGCAAGCAUGGCUGGAGGAGAGUUGGGAUUUCAGUAUCGGUCAGUGACGCAUGCACUCAUUACGAUUUUCCAAAAAGAAGGCUUCUUCGGCGCAUACAAAGGCUUGACGGCCAAUUUGUACAAGAUUGUGCCUUCUAUGGCAGUGAGCUGGCUCUGCUACGACUCUCUUCGGGAAGCCAUUGCGGCUUGGUAG